UGUUGACGACGGCAUUCUCUCGUGUCCGGAAAUGCUCUCAAUCCCAAGCCUCCUGUUGGGUUUCUAAUUUCUGCUUGGAUUAAAGUUCAUGAUCUAAAUUUCUACUUUGAAGAACUUGAAGAUUUGGGUUUCCUUUACCGUCUAAGGCUCUAAGCAUUCUGUUGGGCAAGUGCGCAUAGUUAACGAAAUCGGAGUUAUUCUACCCAUCGGAGAAGCUGCAGAUAUUGCUUGCUGCGCUUUCUAGUACUCCAACCUACGACGUAUCUAGGAGGUUUAUGUUCAUUUCUAGAAUAUGAUUUCAUGAAAUUCCUUAUUUGAAAUGCUAGAAUCGAAUUGCUUUUUGUUCUUUCUAACUAAUUAAAUCAGACUGUGGAUGAUGUGCAGGCGCGAGAUGCAAAGUGGGGAAGUCAAGAGGCAAAAAAACUGAAACAUUAUUUUUGAGUGGUUUUGUUAAAGUUAGAAUCCACGUUGGCUUAAUUUAAAAAUUCAUCAAAGCAUGCAGGCUUUUAUUUUUAUUCUACGCUUUACGGGGAGGAAGAUGAACCCUCUUGUUUUGUCUCAUAAUUACACUUCGCUUUUAUUCUUUUUCUCUUUUCUUUUGAACUCCAGGUCUGAUGCGUUUUUCUUAAGGAUACCCUUCCAUUACGCGUUUUUGAAGAGCGUAGUGGAUUUGAUUUUUAAACCGGGUAAAUAUUUCACCCCUCAAAUAAAGCGCGUGGCCAUCAAGUCAUUUUUUUGUAGAGUUUACGAUAGUAAAACUCGAAACUCCGACCAUUUCAUCCAAACACUUAAGGUUUGGGAUCGAACCAUUGUGCUUAAAGGCCCGGUUCAUUUCGCGUUUUUUAAAUUAUUAUUAAUUCUACGCGUUUUUGAAGGGGGUAGGGAAGCUUCCUUUAUUUACAUUCCAAUACGCGUUUUCUUCCAUUUUGACCAUUAAGCAAUGAAGUCUUUGGCUUCUUUGCCGCUGGACAAAAGACUCGAACUAACUUCACAUGUUGUAAUUAUUUGGUUAAAGCUCAAAAAUUUAUAGAUUUGUUACUAAGACAUUUGUUUUUUAUUUUAUUAAUUAAAUUUUAAUUUUUUAAAAAAAUUUAGUAAAAAAAUAUUUUUUUGUAAAUUUUUUAAUUUUUGUUAUGGAUCACUUUUACUACAAAUUCUACGCGUUACUCACCGCCUCUUGCCAGCUAAUGUUGAAAAAUGGAAAACAACCACACAAGAAAUGGCCCUACUUACCGACUCUUGAGACUUUUUAGGCCUUACUCACUGCCUCUUGCCCGCUAAAGUAGAAAAAUGGAAAACAACCACACAGGAAACGGCCCUACUUACCGACUCUUGAGACUUUUUAGCACUUACCCACCGCCUCUUGCCGGCUAUUGUUGAAAAAUGGAAAACAACCAAAUAGGAAACGGCCCUACUUACCGACUCUUGAGACUUUUUAGCACUUACCCACCGCCUCUUGCCGGCUAUUGUUGAAAAAUGGAAAACAACCAAAUAGGAAACGGCCCUACUUACCGACUCCUGAGACUUUUUAGCCUUUACCCACCGCCUCUUGCCCGCUAUUGUUAAAAAAUGGAAAACAGCCAAAUAGGAAACGGCCCUACUUACCAACUCUUUGAGACUUUUUUUAGUCCUGUUAGCAUCCGAGUUCCCUUAUAUCACCAAGUACGCCUAGCACUUUAUCUGGCGAGUAAGUACUCCUUACGUUUUGAUCAAAUACGGUCUCUCAAUUGUGUCGUGCGCUUGAUUGGUUUGUUACUAAAUUUGCAGUUUGAGGAAUACGGUUGAUUGGCGGAUGAGAAGAAUAUUGAUCAUCAGGAGGAGGUGAUGAUAAUGCGUUACAGCUCUCCUGAGUU